CCGCAGGCUCGAUCUUCUAACAGCUGUUCUGUUUUCUCACACUCUGAUUGGUCGAACUGCGCCAUCUGUCAAAUUUGUUUGGCCUCAAAGCCCCGCCCUUUCUCCAUUUUCACACCGUCCCAUUGGCCACUGUACUCCUUCUUAGUGAGCCAUUGGACGGCGCGGCUGGUUGUCAAGGCUCCGGCUCUUCAUUCACCAUUUUGCGACUGUAGUGUAGAAUGUCCAGGGCAGGAGUUUUUUUCUUUGCUCCUUUUAAGUUGCUUCGCCGGAGAAAGAUGAGCGGCCGCUGACUGGCAGCGGAGGAGCACCGUGCCCUAUUUUACUCAGCGGAGGAGCAUCCUGUGAGAAGGGGAUCCCGUGUUAUCUCCGAGUCCUUGAAACAAAGUGGUCAAGUGCCGGAGUCGCACAACCAAAGGCAAGACAGAAUGAGAAAGACCGGCCCUGACAGAGGAAAAAAAUAGAAGGGAAGCAAGAAAACAACUGAAACGUCAAGGAGAUACUUAGGGAUAAAUAAAUAACAAGAUCCGUUUGGAGUAAAGGCCAACAAGAUAAAAAGAUGAAGCCAAUAAAGAAGCAAGGCCGGCGCUCCCCUCAAUCCACUCGGGCCAAAGGAGGGAAGCGCCGUGGAGCUGGAGAGACCUCAGAGGGUGGGGAGAAGCGAGAUUCAGACGAGAACAGAGACGAAAGCAGAUCUCCUCAAAACCGAACUCCCUCCUCAUCUUUUUCCUCUAGUUCCCACUCAGACUCCUCUCAGGCUGGCCUAAUGGCGGUACGGGACGUUUCGGAUGGGGAGGGAAUGUCAGAUACAAUGGUAUCAGUCGUGAUGGAUUCAGGCAAACUGUUGACAUUGUCCAACGAAAGGUCUGGGAGGUCGGCACUGAGCGGCAGUGGCAGCAGCCAGUGUGACAGUGGUGGCAGCAGUUGUAGUAACAGCAGUACACCGAGUGCAAACAAUAGUCCGAAUCCAGCCUCCAGCAGAAAAACCGCCACUUUUAAGGCCCGUGUUCCCAAAAAGAAGUACACCUCUGAACACUGUUCUACAGCUACUGCCAGUAAUCAUAGCACCCCUGUAUCCUCCACCCCCCCUCCCCUGAGUGACGGGGUCCUUACCCAGGGGUCAACAGGUUUAGGACUCGGUGUCUCUCACUCCAAUAGUAACAGUCAAAGUAUGAGUCUGAUGGACAACUUUCCCAGUGGAGCAUCAGGCAGAGACAAUUCCCUUGAUUCUCCAGGACCCCCUACAUUGUCUCUUGUAGGGGACAGGCCUGCAGGAGGUGAAGAGCGAGUAUCCCCAAGCCCCCUUCCACGAUGUUCUUCAACAGACACUGCCAGCGAGCACUCUGCUGACUUGGAAGUGGUUGGCGACGUGCCUGCGACCACACAGACAUCUCAUUCUACACCCAGUCUACUUGACACACUGUCAGACACCCUCGCUAAAGGGUUAAAAAAUCAACGUGUCCUUGCUCGCCAGCGCAGAAGACAAAAAUCUGAGGAAAUAGGAGGUGACAAAAGAGAAGAACGGAGGCGUUCAGAAUUUGUGUUUCGGGCUGGAGUGGUCCGUAAGGUCAGCGGCGAAUUUGGCUGUUUGGAGGUGCAACUGAAUGGGGAGAAGACAAUGUGCAGGUAUCCUUACCGACAUGACAGCACUUCAGGGGUGGUGGAAAUAAUCUUAGAUGCACCUCCACCCGGUGUCAAUACAAUACCCGUUGGCACCCGUGUCUGUGUACCAUUUGGCAAUGAGGAUGGCAAUGAGGGCCAGUGGCAGUGGUACAGAGAAGGUGUGGUGACCGAGGUAGACACACACCCUGCUGUGGCCAAUCGUUACCGCGUCCUUCUGUCUGAGGGGAGGCCUCAUUCUCUGGAUGUAGAAGAUAGCAGAGGUGCUACCCAGGCGGUAUGGGUCUCUCGACAAACUCUCCGGCUUCUAGUACCACCAUGGGACCUGGAUUUGCCAUCAUGUGGUGGCCAUGGAGGGGAAGAGGGCAUCAGAGAAAAGGACAAACAGCUUGAAGAAAGGGAACAAAUCGAUGUGGAACAGGAAGUUUCUAGUCUUAGCCGAGGAAUGACCACUGGUAUUGGCUCAAUGUUUGGCAGAGAAAUAGCGUACCCAGGUAUUAUAACUGUCUCCUCCACUGCAGGCCACAACAUUGUCUCACCAGUUACUCAGACACCUGUGAUGAGCCUGGCUCAUGGUAGAGAAUGGGAAAUUAAUGACCUGGAAAUGGAGAGAGAGCGUCGGCGGAAACAAGAAAGAGACAGAGAAAGGGAAAACGAUGCAAAGCAGCAGCAACACCACCCCUACAUGCCACUCACCCCUGAAGAGGACAUGGAGGUGUCCCACUUUAACAUGGUCCCCUUGGGGGCAAUCAUACCUGGGACCAAACAGAGACCAGUUCACCACCAGAUUGUCUCAAAGCCCCCAUCUGGCUACCUCAAUUCCCACCUGCCUGUUGUACGGAGCAUUGGGAUUUCCUCCACCCACCUGGCCCUGACCCCUCACCCUAAUCCUUCAAAUGUUCUGUUAGGGCUUGACUCAAAUAAUGCAACUGCCGGCACCAUCAUUACAGGCCCCCAGCUCCACUCUCUGCCUCCCAUCUCCUCCUCCACUACAUCCUCCAGAGUAGAGAAGGCUUCUGGGGGAGGAGCAACUAGUGGUGGAGGAGGACCAGGGUCAGGUUCAAACUCUUCCUCUACAAACCGUUCACGCACUCCUCUUACAGCUGCCCAGCAAAAGUACAAGAAGGGAGAUGUGGUGUGCACACCAACAGGCAUCCGAAAGAAGUUCAACGGGAAGCAGUGGAGGAGGUUGUGUUCUCGGGAGGGCUGUUCCAAAGAGUCUCAACGACGAGGAUACUGUUCCAGACAUCUUUCAAUGAGGACCAAGGAAAUGGAGGCAAGUGGAGGCGGCCGGGAGCGCAGCGGAGCCAGCAGCACAGGGACUUUAACGCCAUCCGAUCUACGGCUGGGAGGUGGAAGAGCCAGCUCAGAGUUCGACUGGGAUGAGACAUCGAGGGAAAGCAGCGAAGCCAGCAGCCGUGGAGGAGAUUCACGUCCCCGCUUAGUCCUGCCCUCCCUGAUACCCCAAGACCUUUCUCGUUUUGACUUUGAUGAGUGUGAGGCAGCGAAUAUGCUGGUCUCCUUAGGGGGGUCCCGCUCCGGCACGCCAUCAUUCUCUCCCAUUUCCAAUCAGUCCCCGUUCUCACCAACGCCGUCACCAUCUCCUUCGCCUCACUUUGGCUUCCGCCCUGCCAAUUUUAGUCCAAUCACUGCCCCGCUUACCCCACGCCGCCCUCGGCAGCUCAGUGGCACUAAGAUGGGUACGCCAUGUUCUGACAGAGAACGCCAUCCGUCAGGAAUUGUGCCCUCCUUUCAGACCAGCCUCACCUUUACGGUCCCAAUGAGUCCCAGCAAGAGAAGGCCGGAAACCCACCCGCCCCCUCCUCUACCUGCUGUCCUGGACUACCAAAACAAAUCGGAUCAGCAGCAGCUGAUGGGCGUAGGGGGCAACAUUGUUGGAGACCAAGCUGCUUUCAGAGUCCUCUCCCCCCACAGUCAGCCCACAACACCUUCCGCACUUUCCUUUUCACGCCCUCGCAGCGCCACCAGCAGGCCAUCAUCCUCUGCUGCCUCUACGCCCCCACCCAUGCUUGUGUCUCCAACCCCUUCUCCCCUGCCCCAAGAACCCUCCCCACGCCGCAUAGUGCCCCUUCGCGACUCUCCGGUCAUUGUCCGCAACCCCGACGUCCCCUUGGCAAAAUUCUCAGACGGCCCCUUGCAGAGAAGAGAAAGAAGCCGGUCAAGGGAGCAGAACCAGGCACAGCACUCUGCUCCCCCAGGCCUGCAGGCCCCUGUGCCUAUUAACGGAGCCACGUCCAAUCCAGCGGUUCUCCUCAGGAACCCAGCCUCAACACUGGUCCUGGUCACUUCCAGUUCUUCCUUGACACCAGCCACAGCAGGCCACGCAGCCCUGUCCAGCCCCUCGGCUCCAGGGUUGAUUUCUGCUCCGUCGGGCUCUGCUCUGUCGUCGUCCGGCUCCGGAGGCAGGGACAGGAAACCCGAGGGUUACCAGGACGCCUCAGGAAGCGCGCUGCCCCAGCCGGUGGCCUGUCACCCCACGCCGACCGCCCUGCUGCCGCUCAUACUGCCAGCCGAGUCGCCUCACCCGGCGCCACGCAAGCAAAUCAUCAUGGGUCGCCCGGGCACAGUUUGGACCAACGUGGAGCCUCGGUCAGUUCCAGUGUUCCCUUGGCAUUCGCUCGUCCCUUUCCUGGACUCCAGCCAAUCAGGAGAAGCCGCCCAGCCCGCCGAUGGCCAGCAGCUUGUUAAUCAGAGCAAAGAGCCUCGCUGUGGUGUGGCCCUGGUGAGCGAAGGACGGGCGGGUCCACCGGAGCCGGACCGAGGGUCGCCGUCACGCCCUCCCCCGACCAAUGACAAUCCUCCUGCAGACCGGGGCGGAGCAGACAGCGAGACGGAGAGCGAUACAGACGAUCCGUUUUCCCCUGGCGUGGCCAACGAUCCAUCUCCCUCCACCGGACCAAUGAAGAGGCGCACACAGUCGCUCAGCGCCCUGCCCAAAGAUGGAGACAGGAAGAGGGAGAAGGACCACAUCCGUCGUCCCAUGAACGCCUUCAUGAUCUUCAGUAAACGCCACCGAGCUCUGGUGCACCAGCGACAUCCCAACCAGGACAACCGCACCGUCAGCAAGAUCCUUGGGGAGUGGUGGUAUGCUCUGGGAGCCAACGAGAAGCAGCAGUACCACGACCUGGCCUUUCAGGUGAAAGAGGCCCACUUCAGAGCCCACCCUGACUGGAAGUGGUGCAACAAAGACCGCAGGAAGUCUCUGUCUGAGGGCCGCGGCACCCCGAAGGAGCUGAGGGAGAGGAGCAUGGCUCAUCUAAUUGAUGCCCUCUCGGAGUCCCAGGCGCUGGAAGUCAAAGGAGGAAGCUCGGGCUGGCCGGGGGGAUCGGAGCGUCGAGGGGGGCCCCUGGGGGGCCCCAACCCCCGGCCCCGAGCCUUUUCCCAAAGCGCUGUGCACACCCUGGAGCAGAGGGAGAGGCAGAGGGAGCUGGAGAAGGAGGAGGGAACAAGCUUGUUUCGAAACCGACCGCCGCUUCAGUCGCUGUACCAAGGCGGAGCCAACGAGGACGUUACGAGCGACGAGGAGCGAAUGGUCAUCUGUGAGGAAGAAGGAGACGAUGAUGUGAUGGAGGAUUCCUGCCCUGAAGGCUCCAUUGACCUCAAGUGCAAAGAGAGAGUUACAGACAGCGAUGAAGAUGAACCGGAUGGACAGCAUGGCCUCCAGCCAGAAGCUCGCUCUUCCCUCCUCUGCCCCUCUCCCUCCAUCCCUCAGCCUGACUCCCCCUCUGUGAAGGGAAAUGGAAAGGCAGAAGAUCCUGAAGAUGGAGCAGACUGGAAGAGGAAGAGGGACGCACAGGAGGAGGAGGAGGAGGAGAGUGGACCUAGGAAAAAGGAAUCAUCAGAAGGAGAGGGGGGGCAGAGCGCGUCAGUUGGUCAGGUCCUUAGCGGGGUCCAGGUGACCCCCACAGUGGUGACCAACGUGGCCACCAGCACGCCCAUUCCCAUUGCCAGCCAACCAGUGGAUGGAGCCUCCGCCAUCAGCUUGGAGAAGAAAUCCAGUCCUCUGAUUGGUGGAGCCCAGCUCACUGCAGGGGGUGGGUACCUAUCGUCAUCCUCCCCCCCUGGUCCACUUACUGUAAACUCUGUGGGCAACAGCAGCCUGGUCACAAGCCUUUACCUCCCUGCUGCACAGCCCCUGCAGCUCAUCAGCCCACAGCCCCAAAUCCUCCCACCCGUCCAGCAUCACCCCACCUCCUCCAUCACACCUCCCACCCAGCAUAAACCUUCGCUGGAAGUCCAGCGCAUCCCGCCCACUGAGACCCCACUCACUCCUCAGCUUACCAACCAGCACAUCGUUCCCCUGCUGACCGGCGGGGUGCAGCCUGGGGUGGGGAUCAGAGUCCAAACCCAGUCACCAGUGUUGCAGAGCAAGAUGUUGGUUCCCAUGGCAACAGUGAGGACAGGGUCUACGCCUCCUCAGCCCUCCAUCUCCCUGGUGGCCCCGCCUCUUCCUGUGCAGAACGGCACUUCCACCGGAAACAAGAUCAUCCAGUUCACUCCCAUGCCAGUUCAGACCAACGUCCAUCCCAGCGCCGUGGCUGCAGUGCAGUCUGGGAGCCCAUACCCUGUAUCCAUGACGACAGUAAUGGCAUCUGGAGCUACGCCACCACAGACCGUUCUUCUCACACCCCCGCCCACCAGGAUCACCUACGUCCAGUCCACCCCAGGUGCUACCAUGGCAACGCCCCAGCAGGGCGCUCAGCCUCCGUAUCUCUCCUCACAACUGGCGGCUCUGGGCUUCACAGCCAUCGCUCCGGCCGGACAGCCUCUGGUUCAGCCCAUCGUCGGCCAGCCGCCUCUGCUGGCGCCGGCGCCGCCCAUUGGCUGUCAGUCACAGACUCCUCCGGGUCAGGCAGCCACUGGCCGUCAGGUACUAGCAGCCAUCUAUCCUGCACAAACCGUUGCCCUGGCGACCAGCGUGGUUCCGGUGACAGCUGUGCCGCCUGCCGUAGCCUCCCCAGCCCAGGACGCGAUAAAACCCACCUCCCCGUCGACCAAAGCGGUGCAGGGUUCGGCGGCUGCAGGGGCGACCUUUCAGCCCGGGGCUGGAACUCAGGUGGAGGUGAAACAGGAGAGCCAGCUGGACGCUGAGAACGAAGGGUCAUCAGGCUGCAACCCAAGCUGCUCCGUGGGCAGCUUAGAAAGUGGAGGCGCAGCAGUGAAAAAAGAAGAAGACAUCGGUCUGAGCAUCAAGGAGGAAAACAUGAGAGAUGAAGAAGAGAGAGCUAGACAGAGCGAGGUGGAUGAAGAGCGAGAAAGAGCGAUGAAGGAGAGCAGAGACAAGAAGGAAGCCAAAGAGACGGAGAAGGAAGACCGCAGCAAAGAGGCUGGACCUCGUUCCCCACCCCCACCACCACCACCUUCCUCAGGUCUGGACCCCCCUCCCCCUCCACCAGCAGAGAAAGAAGCCCCCUCCUCAUCAUCUUCCUCUAAGAGGAAUAAGUUUCGCCCCCCUCCACUCAAAAAGACGCCUGACUCUCAUGACAAGGUUUUGUCGGAGACCUCCUUUGAGGAACGCUUUGCUGAGCUUCCAGAGUUUAACCCAGAGGAGGUCCUUCCCUCUCCCACGCUGCAGAGCCUGGCCACCUCUCCUAGAGCCAUCCUGGGAAGCUACCGGAAGAAGAGACGCAACUCUACUGAGCUUGAAGGGGCAGCAGAAGAUCCCAGCUCCCCCCGUAGGAAGACCCGGCGUCUCUCCAGCUGCAGCUCAGAGCCCAACACCCCAAAGAGCGCGGCCAAGUGCGAGGGAGACAUCUUCACGUUCGACAGACCAGGUCCGGAAGCGGAUGUUCCCCCAGGAGACCUGGACAGGGUUCCCUACUCGUCGCUUCGCAGGACGCUGGAUCAGCGCCGGGCGCUUGUCAUGCAGCUGUUUCAGGAACACGGCUUCUUUCCUUCAGCUCAGGCCACAGCCGCCUUCCAGGCGCGUUUCCCGGACACUUUCCCCACCAAAGUGUGUCUGCAGCUGAAGAUCCGAGAGGUUCGUCAGAAGAUCAUGCAGACGGCCACGCCAGGAACACUGGAGCCUGGGGGGUCCUCCGACGCCGGGCCUUCCCCGUCCCACCACUCGUCCUCCAGUCAGUCGACGCGGGACGACGGAGGGACGGAGCAUCAGGGAGACAAAGGCCAGAGCUCGGAGGAGCCGAAAAGCGAAGGACCGUAAAACGGAAAGAGAGAAGUGUGUGUGAUAACCAGAACAGGACUGGUUCCACUGGCACUGAUUCCCAUUAGACCUGGGCAAAAAAACAAAAACAAAAAAAACAGACAUAACAGCUGAAAUUAUAAGACACCUCCAGACAGGAUUUGAUUGUCUAAUCAGACCUUGAAGUGUUUAAACCACAUGCAAGGCGUGAUGAGUUAAGUGCUUCUUGAAUUUCCUUUUAUCCUGAAUGUUUUUCUUGAAGGUUUUGCCCAGGUCUGCUCUCAGCACAUUGAAGGAGUUUGGGACUCAAACUCUUCGGUACACACUCUCUAUCUCUCUGGUACACACACACACGUGCACACACCACCCACACAGGAACCAAAUUAGACUGUUACUCUUGGUUGUUCGUCCCCCCGGAGCCACAACCAAGGACACAACACACAAAGGCACUAUGUCACUUAGCGUGCAGAUGCAGUUUGCUGUUGCCAGCCAGCCAGCCACCCCUCAGAUGCCAUUGACUUGACCUCCUUGGCGCCCUUCCACUCCUCAGCACCGUGGUCGGGCCGCAAACACAACCCCAGCGACCUCCACUGAUAUUUCAACAGCCCCUCGAUGCUGCAGGACAGUCGGCACGCGCACACGGAGGCAUGCGUAGACACAUAUGCAGUGCGAACACAAAGAUAAUCAAACCCGGGUCUGACGAAGCCAUCGGCCUGCACUCUUUCUAGUGAUUGUAGUGAGAGACGGAAGAGUCUGGAUGCAGUGUGACCAAUCUUUGCACCUUCAGCUGUUGCCAUUAUAACAGACUGAGAGCUUCACAGGCAGGAGCCGAAUAUCUAUGUCUGUAUGUCUGGGAGGGAGAGGGGGGGUCCGAUCCCCUGAAAGCUGUUUGAACGGGCACCAUAAAGAGAUUACGUAACGAGACUACUGGUUGUGGCGAUUUGGAGGCGGAAACUCCAGCACUGGACCGAAUGUGACGAGCUCACCGACAGGAAGGAAAAGCAGGAACUCAACCAAACUUCUCAGAAUCCCUCCUCUGGAUGGAGUCCAUGUUGAUUUUUCUCUCGUCAUUGUUGCCGUGGAAAUAACCAGUUUUACCGUGGCCUGUUUUUUUUUUCGCUCUCUCUUUCUCUCGUGGCUCUAAUGUGUUUCUUCUCCAGCAUAAAAAGACAAAAAAUUUAAAAGACAAAAAAAAAAAGAAGGAAAGAAAAGAAAGGACACAAAAUGGGAGGGGGGGUAAAUCAGUCCGUGCCCUCCCUUUCCACCCCUCCUUCUGACGGUUCCUGGCCAGACUCAGAAACAGGGCGGGGCAGGGAUGUUUGGUGGUUUCAUAUUUUGAAAAAAAAAAAUUAAAUGUUAAAAUCAGGUGUUUGCACAUUUUGUGCGUCCCCUUGUUGUCAGGGGAUCGCCACAAGUUCAAUCAGGAAAGUAUUGUUUUUAAGAGAUUGUUUUAGUAAAAUAGCCUCUUUCCAUAUGUUUCCCCCACCCCCCCUCCAUCUCCCUCCCCUCUGACUCUCCUCACCCUUCCAGUGUUGUUAGAAAGUGCCCUUAAGCACUGGUCUCGGGUCAAGCGCUAUGUAGCUCAGGAUGGUUCUGGUUAGGGUUCAGUUCAGGGAAAGCAGAUCCUAGACCAGCCCUGGAGGGCAGACCCUGGAGCCCUCCCCCCCCCUCCUCCCUCCCCUCUCGUCUUGACACUUUAUCCUUUCCCAUCAAAUGGUGCAAUAGGACAUUUAUUUCUUUUGGAAAUGGCUUUUAUUAACUUUUUUGUGGGGGGGGGGAGAAGCGAGGCUCUGUGCCAUAGAUUUUUUUAAUUCAGUGCAGUCAGUGUGAGGAAAGAGCUGUUGUGAUCUUGAACUGUGGUUAAAAAAAACAGCAAAAAAACAAAAAAGAAUCACAAAUAUUAUCAACAUUAAGGAGAUAGAGAGUAUAACUUACUAAAAGUCAACAACAAUUAUUUGAAUAGCACUUUUUUGGCUCUUUGCUUCUUUGGUGAAGAGUGGGGGUAGUUCUUAUUAUGGGUAUCUCUUUUAUUUCGCUGUAUAGAGUUGGAUGUGUGACUAUAUAUAUAUAUAUAUCUAUAUGUAUAGAUAUAUAUAUAUAUAUAUAUAUAAAUAUAUUACAGGUAUUUCCAUAUUUGUGCAUUUAUGUCUGUGUUUGGGAGAUGUGUAUGUUUUGGCACAUGCAGGCAGUUUGUCAACACGACCGACCUCUUCUCCUGUCACCACUCAGCAACAUCAUCAAGCAUAUUUUUCCAUUCUAUAUUCUACUCAAGAGAUGGUAUUUUUAUAGUCACCGCGACUAUUUCCUCAGCCAUAUAGACUGUUAAUAAACUCAGCUGAUUCAGGAAGCGUGUAUAAAUAUAUACAAAACAUACGCAGGAUACACCUUUUAAUGCAUAAAUAUAAAUCAACACACAAAGGUAAUUAUAGAGGAUCGGUUCACCUCACUUUUAGGGAGGGGGGGUUCUUUAGGGCUGUUAAGUGUCGAUCUGCAUGCAUGUGCAAACACGUGCACACUUGCACACGCCCGCACAGACAUGCGUGCGUUCACACACAUGUAUGCGUGUAAAGUGUAUGAUUGUGCUUCUAAAAUAAAACUGUCCUUACUUUGGAGAAGGAAUUUUAAGGAUGAGCGAUGUGAGUGUUAUCUCAUAAGCAGGCAUGUUGACCAUGUGCAAUAUUUCUAAAAUGACAACAAAAAGAAACUAAAUAUUGAAAAUAUUAAAGAUCUAACACAAUGCCUUGUGUUGUU